CUGUCCGUGGAUCGAGUAUUCACGGUAUCCUCGGAUAUAAUAAACAGUUCCUUGUAGUGCUGGUGCAUAGGAACCGGUGUACGUUCGUACAAAUUCUUCAGUAUGUAUCAAAAAGCAUCGUGAGUAACCUAAGUGAACGAGCAGAAAGAAAUGUUCGAGUAAAGAGGUGCAACCAGCUUUAAAAGCCGCUCUCUCUUUCUCUCUCUCUACCUCGCUCUCUCAGUACACCCAGACCCUCAGGGUGGGGCGAGGAGGCUAAACGUCUGUCUGCCUGUCCGUGACGGGCUCUCCUUCGUUAGUCGGUUGGUGCGCUUUAUCGUGUCGAGUGUAACGUCGGUGCAGUGCACGAAUAGUGUUUUUUUGAUGGAAACAUAGUGGUUGCGGUGUAUUCUAUGUAAUAAACACACACACACACGCACACACACAUAUAUAUACACGCAAAGUGUACGAUUGGCUGCGCCGCAUAGUAAUCAACAAGCGUCAGGAUGUCGUCGUCGGAUAUCAACCUCAUGGAUUUCCUCUUCCCGCGGGAAGACUCGUUCCUGAAAACCGACGUUAAGGACGAACCUUUCAUAUACCAGAGUUACAACGACGACGCCAUCGCGGCGGAAGAGUGGCCAGCCGACACGGACGACUUCCUGGACUCCAUCUUCAAGCUAGAGGAUAAUCAGUUCAACCUCAUCGAUAAUGAUCUAGACGCGAUUCCAUCUUCCUCGUCGGAUAGCGGGCUUUCAAGUGCGCUGAGUCUCUCCUGCGAGCAGCAGCUGAGCCCGCUUUUGCCGAUCGAGGAAGAUCAGGUAGAGAUCAGCAACUCCGAAGUGAGUAGUCCGCAGAAUAUCGUGGACUUUGAAUCUCUGGGCAGCCCUAAUCAGUCGAUGGCCAGUGUGGACAGUCCAGUUCGAUCGGUGGUCAGUUCUAACAUCGGUUCACCUGCCACAGACAUUGCUGAAGAAAUGGACGUGGAACACACCCUCGUGGCCGUGGUGAACCCUAGCAACACGUUGACUGAUGCUAACGCGACCAUAAUAGCGGAGCAACCGGUUGUCGAUUUAGACAAAACACCGAAGCAACAGCAUAUUCACAUUACGUCUCAAGAAAAUAACACGAUAAACGUCCGCAAUAUCACGUGCAAUGGGAAACGGAAUAUCAGGCAAUUGAUACGCGUUACACCAAUGGGUUCCGGAAACCCAAGAUCGAUCCUACUGCCAGUAACCCUAAAAGACAUGAAGGAAGUUCGGACCAUCAAGAUCAUCAAUGCCUCGCAAGCCAGAAAUCUCAAAGGGUUCAAGAUCAAUCAGGCCAAUAUCAUUAACAAACCCGUUCAGAUGAACAUCAAGCAAGAAGACUCGAGCAGCGAAAAGGGUUGCAAUUCGAGCGACGAGAUCUCGGAAACAGAUUCCCCAUACCCUAGGCUAAAACUGAACGCCGAGGAGAAACGUCUGCUGCAAAAAGAGGGAAUUACGCUGCCUACUCAUUAUCCUCUGACGAAGCACGAGGAACGCGAGUUGAAGAGGAUCAGGCGCAAGAUUCGCAACAAAAUCUCCGCCCAAGACUCGCGGAAGAGGAAAAAGGAGUACGUGGAUGGAUUAGAGGAUCGUGUGAAGCAAUGCACCGAAGAGAACAUGACGUUGUUGAAACGCAUCAAGGCCCUACAGUCGCAGAAUCAGAGCCUGGCCGGGCAACUGAAGAGAUUGCAAGCUCUCUUGCAAAAAGGCAACAAGAGUGCCCAGCCUGCCACUUGCUUGAUGGUCUUGCUGCUCUCAUUGGCCCUCGUGGCUGUGCCGAAUCUGCGACCGCACUCCAAUUCCAACAAUGAACUCACGCAAGAGCAGGAACAGCCAGAAAAAAUGCCACCAUUAGCGGGUCGCUCGCGAACGUUACUGUAUACGAAACAGCUGAUGGACGAUGAACUGCAGCAAUAUAGCGAGGAGUUGCUGCAGGAGGUUGAGGGUCUUCUGGAUCACGAUUAUAGCCCAACGAUUCAACCACCGCUGUACAAACGUCCUCGCAUGGAUACGGAAUCACCGCCGAAAUGCGUCUCAUCCUCCGAUCACAUUGGAGGGACGCUUUGCGGAAGACAAGAUGCUAUGAUAAAACCGAGCAGAAAAUACAUUGAGCCACCGUUGGACGAUGUUUGGCCACCACCAAAUCCAGGUGGGCAGAAGAACACCAAGGUGGUGGACAAACUCGAGGCAUUAACCAACGAACUGAAGAUUAAUAUUUCUGAUUCCGAGGGCAUGAGGACUAUCCUCUUAAAAGUGCCUCAGGAACAGUAGGUCAAUGCAGGAGACCCAGUGUCACGACAUUAUAUUUUUCUAUAAUUUUUGUUGUAAUCCUUUGCGAUCGCAUCUAUAUUCUAUAUAAUAUUUCCUGGAGACGUUUCUGGAGGAAAGAACUAGAGACCACAAAAAAAUGGACCACCGAAAGUUCUUUAAGUAUGUG